AUGUGCGACCCAAGUAGAGUCAAAAGAACGUUGCUCAUUUUAAUGUUAAUCAGUGUUAACGUUUAUGGACAAAUUCAAAAUUAUAAUGUUGAUCAGAAUGAAAGGGGAUUUAAUAUUGUUCCAAAUCAAAAUGUUAAUCCUUUAAAUCCGAAUUUAAACCCGAACUUAAAUCCAAAUUUGAAUCCUAAUUUAAAUCCGAAUUUAAAUCCUAAUUUAAAUCCGAAUUUAAAUCCUAAUUUAAAUCCGAAUUUAAAUCGUAAUUUGAAUCCUAAUUUUAAUCCAAAUUUUAAUCCAAAUUUAAAUCCAAAUACUUUAAAUAUACAAGACAACAAUCAAUAUCCUGGGGAUGUUCGUCAACUUUUAGCAGAGUUGGAUCUUCAAGCAUCGCAACAAUGUACGAAUAAUGUUGGUGCUCAAUGGAAUUUUGAGACGAAUGUGAAUCAAGCGACUCAAUUGGAAGCUUUAAACGCCCAACAACUAUACUCCGAUUUUCAACAUUAUCUUUGGAGCGUAUUCUCUCAAAUUCCGAACUCGAAUGUUCCUGAUAUAAUGACUUAUCGCCAAAUUAGAUUUAUGUCUGUUGUUGGACCAGCUGCUUUACCCCCGGAUCAACUUGAUAGAUACAACAGAUUAAUAAAUGAUAUGUUGGCAAUUUAUAACUCAGCAUCAAUUUGUGCUCCAAACGAACCUUUCCGUUGUGGGUUACGUCUUCAACCGGAUCUAACUGAAAUUAUGGCACGAGUUAGAAAUUGGGAUGAAUUGCAAUAUGUUUGGACUGAAUGGAGAAGGAAUACCGGUCAAAAAUAUAAAGAUACUUACGAGCAAUUAGUUCAAUUAACAAACCAAGCUGCAAGAUUAAAUAAUUUUACAAAUGCUGCUGAAUAUUGGAAUUUUCCAUUUGAAACUUCUAACUUAGAAGAUCAACUUCAAGACGCAUGGGAAGAAGUUAAACCAUUAUACGAACAACUUCACGCUUACGUUCGAAGAAGAUUACGUGAUUAUUACGGUCCCGAAAAAAUUAGCAGACAAGCACCACUUCCUGCUCAUAUUUUGGGAAAUAUGUGGGGUCAAUCUUGGACUAACAUCUUUGAUAUAAGUCAACCUUAUCCAGGAAGGACAUUUUUGGAUGUUAGCCCAGAAAUGGAACGACAAGGUUAUAACCCCGCGGAGAUGUUUCGAUUAGCUGAAGAUUUCUUCGUUUCAAUGAACAUGACACCACUCCCAUUAAAUUUUUGGUCAGACUCCGUUCUUGAAGAACCUCUAGAUCGAACAGUUUUAUGUCAACCUUCAGCUUGGGAUUUUUGCAAUCGACAAGAUUUUCGAAUUAAAAUGUGUACAAAAAUUACUAUGAAAGAUUUAAUAAUGGCUCAUCAUGAAAUGGCUCAUAUUUAUUACUUUAUUAAUUAUAAAGAUCAACCGAAAGUUUACAGAGAUGGAGCAAAUCCAGGGUUCCACGAGGCCAUCGGCGAAGCCAUCGGGUUAUCCGUUGGGACACCGAGACAUUUACAACAAAUCGGAUUAGUUCAAACUUCCGUUGAUGAUUCCGCCGUUGAUAUCAACUUUUUAUAUUCAAUGGCGUUGGAUAAAGUCGUUUUCUUACCAUUUUCGUAUGCUUUGGAUAAAUGGAGAUACGAUAUUUUUAGAGGAAACGUUUUAAAGGAUCAAUACAAUUGUCAUUGGUGGAUGUUAAGGGAGGAAUUUACUGGGAUUAAACCUCCAGUUUUAAGAUCUGAGAACGAUUUUGAUGCUGGAUCUAAAUAUCACGUCCCGGCAAAUAUACCAUAUAUAAGAUACUUCGUGAGCACUCUUCUUCAAUUCCAAAUUUAUAGAAGCCUUUGUAUCGCCGCUGGACAAUACGUGCCGGAAGAUCCAACAAAACCUUUACAUAAAUGUGACAUUUACCGAAGUAGAGAAGCAGGGCGAAUUUUAAGUUUAUUGAUGGAAAGAGGAUCUUCUCAACCAUGGACAGACACUUUACUUCUUGCAACCGGAGAGAGUCGAAUCACCGGAACUGCUAUGAGAGAAUAUUUUAGACCGUUAGAAGAUUGGUUAACAAACGAAAACUUAAGAACUCAAGAAUUUGUUGGUUGGGUUUACGACGGAGAUUAUUGCAAACAAAGUAUUGAAACGGCCGGGUUACAAGUGUUUGGAGGGUUUUAUAAUAACGCUCAAAGUUUGAAGUUUUCUAAUAUUAUUGUAUGUUUUGUGUUCAUUAUUUACUAUUAUAUUUUAACGUGAU